GCAUGUCGAUGCUACGCUACUGAGAGUCAGUCAUCAAAAGAUCGUCGCGAUUGGCAGUUUAUAAGAGCAGCGAAAUUUUCAAAUAAUCUGAUUCAUAAUGAAUUCCCGACUUUGCAACUGUCGCUUUCCCAGCUCCAUCGAGGUUGCCCAUUACAGGGGACGCAUCCCCGAUUUGGUAAGCUGUCGCUGUGGGGAGGAUGCCGCAGGCAGUGUAAAUCCAUGGGAGUGGUGCGUCGAAGAUAAUACAAAUGUCAUAGUGAUCGAUGAAAGGGACAUUAUCUUCCAUCCGCGGCGCAGCAAUGGCACAGCUAUUGCAAGAGGAUCGCGGCCACUGAAAGCCGGAAUGGUCCAUUGUUGGGAGACGCUCGUUAUGACGCCACUAGUCGGCACAGACGUGAUGGUUGGCAUCGGAACGGAUAAGGUCAAUCUGGGGGAAUUCAUCUCAAAAUUUACCUCCGCUCUGGGCGGCAACAGCGACUCUUGGGGUUACUCCUACUCCGGGAAAAUUCAGCACGGCGGGAAAAUGUCAACCUAUGGUCGGAAGUUUGGACAGGGCUGCCUAAUUGGUGUUUACUUGGAUCGGGCUCGUGGCCACCUGGAGUUCUACCUGAACAGAAGGUCGUUAGGGGUGGCCUACACGAAUGUGCCUACGAAUGCAGAUGUUAACAUAUAUCCCAUGGUUAGUUCUACGGCUUUUAGGACGGGAAUACGACUAGUCAAUAGCAUGUCCCUGGACGAUACGCUGCUACUAAGAUCCUUUCAAGUAGCUGCCAAGCAGCCGGAAGUCCGAGCUGAACUCCGGAAAGUACCAGGAUUAAUGGGAAUCUUACGAUCCACUUGGUUAGCGACCAUGUUUCAGGACUCUACGUACGCUUAUGCUUAGUAUGUUAGGUAGGGUGGAAGACCAAACCCUCCUGAUUUCAGUUGUAGGUGCCUCGUUGAGGAAUCCCAGGAAUCUUGAACCUUCCUAUAUUCUGCUACAUUACAGCUCCAAGAGUGUGCUGCUCUGAUGAGCAUCUCUUCUCAAAAAAUUCUUUUACAUACAUACAUAUAGUACAUAAAAUGUUUCGAUUUUUUUAAGCCGUCAUAGCCUUCAUCUUCAUCUUCUAAACCCAGAUUCGGGUUUAUUCAUUUAGUUGUUCGUUAACCUGGAUUUAGGUGUGUCAUUUGUAGGUUUAGUAUAUGCAUUUAUUUUUAAAAGCAUUUAAUUUUAAAUACAAUUAAUAGAGUAAAUGGGUGAAAACGUGUUUGUGUUUCUAAAUCAUUCAAAAAUGGAAACCUAAGAGGAACCUAUUACUAGGACAGAUUGAUGGAUAGCGAUAUCUGGAUAGAGGGGUGGAAGGUGUUUAGUGAAAUGCUUAUACAAUUAGCAUUUCGGUAAGCAUCUUCCCCGAGAGUAAUGGUUGAACUUAAACUAAAAAUCAAUUGCCCAGGCCGCCAUCGUUAUCCGAGGAGACGGCGCGCUUGACGCCCAGCGGUAGGUAGUCCAUAUCGUCAUCGUCGUCAUCCGAGAUGGUGUACUUCUUCUGCGACCGCUUGCGUCGCGUCUGCUUCUAGACGCCACGUUCGACGACGAGGACUGCGUGGGCGUGGCGGGGCCACUGGCCGAGACAGACUUUAACUAAAUAUUUGCAUUUCAACUUGUUUCCUGACCUUUUUAUUCAAACUUUAAAAAAAAACGCCCUUGAAAUCACU